GGCUGAUCUUCACACUUCUGCUUCUGUAUUCUACCCUUCUUCAAUCCGGCGACUGGACUUUGUGAGCCUGCGCUUUAUCACAUCAUGGUAUGCCUCUUACUUCCUAUCCAUCAAAUCCUCAAUUAUGGGCGGGAGUUCAAUGGACAGCAAUCAGCGCCACUGUUGAUUUCGUUCGACUCGAAAAUGGCCAUGCUAAUACUCACCAGGCGCACCGCAUAAUAACCCAAGUAAUCUUCACCGGCACCCGCGUCGUAGGGCGCGCCUUCGCCGAAGCCUACAAGCAAGCGUCCGCAUCCUCACAAUACGCCAAAGCCCAAGCCAAAGCCGGCAACCCAGGAGGCUCCGGGUCCUUCUCCUCGAACGGCCUCACCCUCGAAGAAGCAUGCAAGAUUCUGAAUGUCAAGCCGCCGCAGAAUGGCCAGGCGAAUAUGGAGGAUGUGAUGGACAGGUUUAAGAAGCUGUUUGAUGUCAAUGAUCCUGCGAAGGGGGGGAGCUUUUAUCUGCAGAGUAAGGUGUUGAGGGCGAGGGAGAGGAUCGAGGCCGAGGUUAGGAUGAAGGAGGAGUUGGCGGGGAGGGAAGCGGAGUUGAAAGAGGGGUGGAAACCGAAGGUGUUCAAAGAUCGGUGAAAUGACUUUCGGCGGUGAUGGUUAGGUGCCGGAUGACGGUUGGUGGUCGGGGGCGAGUCAGGGGACGAUUCAAGUUGUUGAAGGCAGAUGGAUCAAACUGGAGACCAACGACACUACCGACCCCCGAUGCCAUACGAAAGAAGAAAUCUUCCCUCUGUAUUCGACAUAGCCAGGCGUUUUUGGGGCUGUAAUGUAUAUUGGGCAUGGUCAUUCAGCAUUUGCAUGGACCUGGAGGUCUUGUUUUAUAUGUGUACGAUAGAGUCUUGGAAUUGAGAGCAACGAUUUCAAGUCUGAAGUUUCAUGAGCAGCGCAUCUGCGAGUGGCACGAAAGUGAUAUGGGCCACGCUGAAACGUUACCAAACGACUCAAACAGCGUUAUACCCGCCAUCAACAGCCAUGAAAGCUACCUCCUGCGGAUAACCCCAUCU